AUGGCUCACGUUAAACGCAAGACUCCCGCUGCUGCGGCUGCUUCAUCUUCAUCAGCCUCCGAUGAUAUCCCUGUUGGUACAUUACGAAAGAAAUUGAAAGGGAAAAAAAACCUACCUGAAUCGAAAUCAACAAGUGGGUCUUCCGAACCAUCCAAGGCUGUCGAACCCACUGUAUCGAUGCCAGAAAAGAAAAAGAAGCGACAAAAGCCAGGGAUUGAUACCCAACGAAAAAUGCGCACCGUAAAAUCAUCGGGCUCAGUGGAUAAAGCACUGUUAGAUUGCAAAUUUAUCAAAUGGGAGUACUUCAAUCAGAAAAGGUUUGAAAAGGGUGGUUCUUCCUCAGCUAAGGUUGGUUCUGAUUCUACAAGUGAAUUUUUGAGUGAGAUUCAAGGGUUAAGAGCUGCUGUUAAUGAUCACUUUAGUUCAACCCAUCAGUCCAUUGACAUUCUGAGAAAAUAUGUGGAUGUGAUUGACUACAAAGUGAGUCACUUGCUUACUCAAAAUGAGAAAUUAACGAAGUUAAUAGUGGAUCUUCAGCAGGCCAAGGAAACUGGUUUCCCCACUAAAGUUGAGGCUGCUACUCAAGUUUCUGCUGAUAAGGGUGCAAGUAAUAAGGUUGGUGAGUCUCCAGCUGCUGUGGCUCAUGAAAGUGACCAAGUAGCUGAACCUGAGCUUGAACCUGCAGUAGAAGCCCCUGUUGAGCAUGCUAGUGAACAGGUCAUUGAACCUGAAAUUGGUCCUGCAACUGGUGUACCUACUGAGCAUGAUAGUGAGAAGGUUGUAGACCCUGAAAGUGAGCUGCCUGUUGAACCUCCAAGUGCACCAUCUGUUGAACCUGCUGCUGCCCCUACGCAGCAACAGGAAGCCACUCUAAAGGAUCACCAAGCUAGUGCUCCAUCUCAACUCUCUGCAGCUGCUGCCCCUGCAGCCAAGAAAGGUAAGAAAAGGUCUAAGUCAACUGUGUCGAAUCCCUACCAAUCCCUAGCUGCUGCUCUUCAACCACCAUCUGAUGAAGAUGAGCCACAAAAGGAUGAUCAAGUGGCAGACCAAGGAUCUCAGCCACCUGCUGCUAAACCCACCAGGAAGAAGUUGGUGCCUUCCAAAUCCACUCGAAGGAGCAAAAGACUUAAAUGA